UGUAAACCUCCGUGCGUUCGCAAUCGAGAGGAAAAAUACCUCGACUUUUUCCUCCAAGUAUAACCGGCGAGUGUUAUAUGUAAGCAUAAAAAAGUAGAAAAGCAUGCAGAUGUGUGUUUAGAGAAAUCGAAACUAAAGUUUCUCUUCGAAACUAAGUGUGCGCGUCUUAUUGUUCGAGGUCUCAUCAGAUGUUUAGAGAUGUUAAACUUGUCUCCAGCAAGUUAUAAGGAUGCUGAUGAUGUGGAGCGGACGGUGAACAGCAAGAAGGUCUACUCAAUAAGACCGUGGUAUGCGCCGAUUGCCCCUAUAGAAAUAUUAAAGGAUUCUAGUGAUCCCUACGGCUCUGAUUACGGUAACUAUCCUGACCCCGAAGAGCCUGAAGUGCCGCAAGAGAACUACUAUAAGCCGGUGGAAAGUGAUGAUCCAGUGACUCCCAUCCAGGUGGAAGCCUUGGUGGAGCCCUCUACCUCAAACCCAAGAUACGAACAGCCCACGAGCGUCACCACUGUGUCUGAGUUUUCUAUUGCCAAUGCUAUCAAUUUAAGAGAAGCAGCACUAGUAGCUCUGGGCGGCGCAAGCGCAGCGUUGGUACUGCUGAUCGUGAUGGCGGGAGUCUUCUGUGCGAGGCGACGCAAGAAUAGCCCCAGCCCGGUCCCUUCUCCGCCUAUCCUGGUCUACCCACCAUAUGACGUCCCGGCUUCGUGUUAUCUGACAAAGGAGGUGAACUUCUCGCUGCCGACGCUCCGCUCGUCUUCCCUCGGGGAGCUGCGUGACGUCAGCGUGUGCAGCCUGAACAGUGACGUGCUCUGCCCGCCCACGCCUUCCCAGUACCGCUCCAACUCUUUCACGAACACUACGGACCUUGGCGUAUUGGAUCCUUCGCUGUAUAAAGCUGACUGUCUCGUUGAAGACCAGCUGUGGCCAGAGGGGCAUGUCGGUCGCGUGUGGUUCACUCUGAAGUACGAAUCUGGGACCGAGCGACUCCAGGUGCAUAUAUUGAAGGUGAAACAUCUACCCUCACGUACCCCGGCACUGGCGAAUGCGUGCGACCCAUACAUAAAGAUCCAGUUAAUGCCUGACGAAAGAAGAGUGCUCCAAACGAAACAAAAGAAGAAAACCUGCAACCCGUUCUAUGACGAGACAUUUGUGUAUCAAAUUCCGCCUGGAAAAUUAGAGACACUAACUCUCAAAUUAUCAGUACUGGACAUAGGCAGAGUUGGAAAGAACAAGCAACUUAUUGGCCACAUCAUCUUGCCGCUAAGUGAACUGGAAGGGAUAGCACCGGAUGAGGAGCCCCAACUUUACAAAUUGGAUAUUGAAAAGGAGGUGCAGGAUCCGAUGUCGGAUCUAGGUGAAGUUCUAGUAUCGCUGCUGUACAAUGAAAAUCUACAUCGGCUCACUGUAACGGUCAUAGAAGCACGGAAUCUAAAGCUGGAUCCUUCGUCAAGUAGAAAGGAGCUUGUAGCAAGAGUAACCCAAGAGCGGGCAUGUCGGGGUGUUCGAGCACGUAGAACUGCUGCGGUGGAAGUGACAGAGGAAGGCACUGCUCAAAUAUCCGAAUGCUUCAACUUCAGACUGCGAGCUGACGAACUUCACACCACUAGUGUCACUGUACAGGCUCUGCAACCACACUCCGUUUAUGCCAAAGAUCGCCUUGUGGGCAAGUUCGUUCUAGGAUCAUACAUGUUCGCCAGAGGGCGAGCGUUACAACAUUGGAACUCUGCUAUCUCGAGCCCCAUGGAGCAAGUACAACAAUGGCACCCACUGACAAACUAAACCGAUCAUGCCAAAUGUAUAACCGAUUGCCUUAGAUGCUUGAAAAAGAACGGAAAUCAAAAGAAGAGAAAUCGAAAGAAGUUAUCCAUUCUUAGUAUGACGAAAGAAAAAUAAAAUUUGUACAGCAAAAUACAACAUGCAAUGUAUUUUGUGCACUGUCCAUAAAAAAAUCAUGUAUCUCAUACAGUUCUGUCAGGAUUUCGUUUGUACUUGGUAAUUUGUUUAUAAUUAUGUUUUCAGAGAAACUGUCUGUAGGUUACCGCAAAGUAAAACGCUGUAUUCAUUUCUAAAGGUCGUACAUUAUGAAAUUAGUUUCAUAGGAAUACGUAUCUUAACAGGAUAACUUUAAGGUCAAGAUUCCCGUUCUUCUACGUGAGGUACAUACUACUUAUUAGUCGACUACGUGACGGACAACUAGGUGCUCUAAUUGCCAGCUCGCUGCCCUUUAGGCAUGCCUUAAGGCUUUCCACCCUCGUCAGUUUAUACUAAAUGCACAGGCAGGCAGCCAAGAGAGACCUGAUUAAAUAUUCAAAUGACAGAAACACUUACUUUAUCCUUGCUCCACUCAAAGUUAACAUAAGGCUUGUACUACGAGAAAUUAAAACUAUUGAACAACACGAAUUUGAACCUUUCGAAUUUUUAAAUGAAUAAACGUGAUCUUUAUUUUAUUGAGAUGAUCCAUUUUACUUUACAAACUGUAUAUUGAUCAAGUAUAAAUAUCAUUAGUUAUUAUAAGUAUACUAUCUAUGCGAUGUAUUUUUAAAUUUUAUCAUAUUAAAAUAUAGCUUUUCUAUGACUUAGUUGUCCGCUGAAGUCAACGCACAACCGAUAUAAUACGAUAUAAUACAGAUAUUUAAUUAUUUAUUUAUCAAUAUUGUAGAAAUAGGUAGUUCCUUAAUCCUUAUAACACUUCCCUGUACAAAACAUAAUGUAUCUUAACACAUGAUAAUUGUGAUUAACGAAACCUAUUGUCAACAAAAAUAUUUAUAUUUAACUAGAGGAUGCCCGCGGCUUCGUUCGCGUGGACUUCGGUUUUUUUAAAUCCCGUAGGAAGUCUUCUAUUUUCCGGGAUAAAAAGAAGCCUAUGGCCUUC